AUGCCCUUACGGACUCUUCUGCCCUCAGCGCCUGGCUUGGGUCUGUCACACCGGAGACACAGCAGUAUCGUCGAAGAUGCGCCGGCAACCUCGACCUCCAAUGCUCCGCUAUCUCGCACUCGGACUCAGAGCAACUCAUUGAAACGGCUGAGCCUGAGCCUGUCGCGCACCAGCGACGAGCCCUUCCCUCCGCUCUUGACGGCGGGGCCCGAAGAACCUCCUCGACAGAGACCCUCGACCCAGCCUGGUGCGGCGCCUGAACACGUCCGACUGCUGCAUGGUACCGGCAAUCCGGCAGCCUCCUUGAAUGAAGAAGAUAGAGAAGAACAACGAAAUGCGGUUGAGGAUGACCGCGGUGACCUCCCUCUGUCCGCACCUCAGAGGCUGUCGCAGUUAGGAAUGAGGCAUGCGUCAGAUCCGCAGCUGUCCACCAGAUUCCGGAAUGAGGAGCACAAUGCCCAGGGAGCCAUCGCUCCUCCCCAAAUCAUUACCACCGCACCCACAACAGACGAGGCGGAUGAGUCGACGCAAAGACCGUCCAAACGCAAAUUGUUCACCAGAGCCCCGAGCCCCUUUCGAAAGAGCCAAAGCUUCAAACGAACGAUACUGGACCCUUUCAAAGGCGCCAGCGCCGCAGAUGCUGCAGACGGAGAUGCCACCUCGUCAAAAUCGGAGCUGCCCAGGAGUACCACAUCUUUCGAACGUCUACCCAGGCUCAAGACCGGGCAUCGAGCGAUGGCGCCACCGGCAUAUGGCGACGACUCCUCAUCGUCGCUAGCAAUACCUGUUACCAGAUUUUCAGAAUCGUCCCGAUCUGAUGAUAGCUCUGGCGACCAUCACGUCUACGCCAAAACCACCACUACUCAUACCAUCUCCACCACGACCACUUUCUUCAAACUUAAGAGGCGGAAGAAGGACAAAGGCCCGUUGUUUCCCUUGCCGGAAAAGUUCUCGAGGCCGGCCUCAGGCCGGACGACCACAUCUCACACUCCUUCCGAAUCGACGGCGGGGAGGAAGUCUAUGUCGCCGAGUAGGAGAUCAAAUACUGCCGUGAGAUUCGACACUGAGCCGAGCAGACACGACUCGGCCAGCGCUUCGCCAACCCAGUCGGCCGUGGCCCUCACCAACGCUCCGUUUGGAUCACCUGGGGCGACUAUCGUACGGCAGAAUUCAAAUUGGUCCACGUAUUCUGGCAACUCGACUCCGUCGGUGUCGCUUGCGCCUCCACGGGUAUCAGGUAGGGGGAGAUCGUCGACCCUGAGCUCGCUUGGAAAAUCAAACGAGAGAUUGUCCGACCCCUCUGCUCAGUCAGGCUCAGCGCGAACCUCGACGUCGACCAGCGGGAGACGAAGCUUUGGAGAUCUUUUGACCCUGCCUCAUAGACUACGCCAGAAUUCGGCGCCCGCAAAAGGGACCGGGAGCGGGUCAAGUCCAGGCACUCCCGGUUCGAAAUCCAAUUCCUUACAUUUACCUCGAGAGCCAGACACAGAGCGAGUGUAUCCCAAGCGAGAAGACGGUGACACGCCGGCAAGUUAUCUGGAAAGGUUGGAGGCUGCCGUCCCACGAAGUGGAAUGGCCUCUAUCCUGUGCAAAAGCGCGGACGAUUUCUCCAGAACAUGCUUGCGCAAGUAUAUGCGUGGCUUUUCGUACUUUGGCGACUCCAUCGACAUCGCAAUCCGCAAAAUGCUGAUGGAGGUGGAGCUUCCGAAAGAGACUCAGCAGAUCGAUCGACUCCUCAAUGGCUUCGCAGACCGAUACUAUGAGUGCAACCCCGGAAUCUUUGCCUCGACUGAUGACGCGCAAUUCGUUGCGUUCUCCAUUCUGCUGUUGCAUUCCGAUGCGCACAACAAGAACAACAAGCGGAAGAUGCAGAAACAGGACUAUGUCAAGAACACGCAACACGGCUCGGUGCAAAUAGCUAGUGAUAUCCUGGAAUGCUUCUACGACAAUGUGUGCUAUACGCCCUUCAUCCACUUCGAGGAUGAGAUUGCCGUCAACAGUCACCGCCUAUCAGUGCCCAAGGCCAAAAGAAGCUUGAUCAAAACGAAAAGCCUCGAAAGCCUCCGUGGUCCCGUUGAUCCCUACACUCUGAUAUUGGACAACAAGUUGGACGUUUUGCGCCCGUCCCUGAAAGAUGUGAUGGACACGCAUGAUUGUUACUGUUCCACCGGAACGUCCAGUGCGUUCGACACGAACGCGCUUCAUCGAGCUUUCCUCCACUCGGCCGUCUUGCAAAUCAUCUCUGCGAGGUCCAGACCGGACGCUUUCCAGUCACAGACCUCCAUCAGUAACCCUGGCGACACCCAGGCCGGGAUUGUCAGUAUCAAGAUUGCGAAAGUCGGCUUGCUGUGGCGCAAGGACCCGAAGAAAAGAAAGGCCAAAAGCCCUUGGCAAGAAUGGGGCGCUUUGUUGACGGACUCGAAGUUAUAUUUCUUCAAGGAUGUCGGCUGGGUCAAGAAGCUGAUGUCUCAGUCGGAGUCCCAUGCGAGGUCUGCCCUUCAAUCCGCGCCACUGACCUUCAAGCCUCCUUUGAGUUCCUUCGAGCCUGAUGCGCUGAUGUCCAUGGAUGAUGCCGUGGCGUUGCUGGAUUCAAGCUACAAGAAACACAAGAAUGCCUUUGUGUUUAUCAAGCACGGCGGAUUUGAGGAAGUUUUCCUAGCCAACAGCGAAUCGGAGAUGAACGACUGGAUUGGCAAGCUCAACUACGCAGCCACCUUUCGUACGGCUGGUGUGAGAAUGCGCGGUCUGCUAGGUGCCAACUACGAAGGACGUCAUCUGCUACGAAAGGACUCUGACUUCUCUACCAAGAGCGGCGACACGCCGCAGAAAGACAAGAGAUUCGACGCCCAACUGGCAUGGGAAAUCAUGUUCUACCGCCGCCAGCUGAUCAAUGAGAAAAUCAGUGACUUUGACGAAAGAAUCGCUGUGGCACAAAAGGAGCUCGACAAUCUUCUUCGGAAUGCUCGGCAUCUCCUCAUCUUACUUCCUAUCCAACAAAAGACACGGGAAGCUCUUGUUCUCGCCGCUGGUCGAAUGUCGGCCAAGUUGAAAUGGACCCGAGUCGAGCUGUGGCGAACGAGGACGCACCGAGACAUCUUGGCCAAAGAUCUCGAGGAGGAGGGUGCCACGGCAUUUCCUGUUCCCAAGGGUUCCUCGCUAUCGACGCCGCAAAAGACGACUCCUCUCAAAACCGGCCCACAAGAACUUGGACGUACCGUCACCGACACGAGUCAUGUCACGUUGUCGCCAGUCAGCGCGACUUCUUCGAGGCCGUCCAAUAUUGCUGACAAGGUCAAGACCCCGGAAAGUGCAAGUAUACCUACGGACCAUAGCAUGCUGGAUCUCCCGUCAGCCGUUAGCCCUUCUUUGUCAAUGGAUCCUGCGUUGUCGCGGCAUGAGAGCAUCCAGGAGUCGCAUACGCUGUCACACCAGGUCUCCACCGCGAGUUCACGCCACAGUCGGGAUCGAGAUCGCCUUGGUCGGACGACAGACGACCCCGAGGAUAGGAUCCUGCGUGAGGCCGGCCUGACCAACCUGGAAGGCAGUGUGACGAAGGACCGACGGCCGGAUACCAGCGAGUCCGAAAGAGAUCGAGUUGGUGCCAUCGCGGGGACCAUUUCCGGGGCGAUUGAUCCGUCAAAGUCUGGGAGCAUCCGUCGAAGUCUGCAACGCAGCUUGCGCGAGCCGCACCAUCACUCGUCACCCAGUAUCCAUCGCCAUAAGAGGGGGAAGGAGUCCGGGUCUAGUAUCGCCGCCACCGAGGACGGAGGCAAGUCGAUGCACAGUGAAGCUGAAGAGUUGAGGCGCGGCGUGGGUAGCUUCAUCCUGCAUGGUAAGAAGGCGUCGGUGAUCACCAUGUCUCCCGAGUGGCAACACAUGUCCAAUGAAGAGAGGCUGAAGCUCCGGAAGGCCGAAAACGACAAUGAGAAUGAAGAGGCAGUUGACGAAAGGAAACCCGCACAAAGUCGAGCAGAAGAUGCAUCCCAAGGGGCGAAAGCAGGCGGCGAAGAUGACGAAGAAGACGAAAUAGAGCAUUUUGACUCGCCGCGCUCGAGUCGCAAGCACAGCUUCGCAACCACAUCAGGAGAACAAUUCGUUGACGCCGAGACGGGAGAGACGAGCAGCAAUCGGUCUUCCUCGGACGGGAAUGCGGAGGCGUACGAAAAAGCCAUGGGCUCGCCACGAAAACAUUACGACUAA